CACUCAUCCUCUUCCUGCAGAGGCCGCCAGAGCUGGCGGCAGCUCUUCUCCCCGCCCCUAACCAGGGGCAAUAAACCAGGGGCGAUAAACCAGAAGUCCCCGCCUUGUACUGUAUGAAUAUAGGACGAGCAGAGACCCGAAGGCAGGACUGAAAUUCGACUGGGACCAACAGGACUGCAACUGCUGGAUUGAGAAGCUCCAACUGUGAUUCUGAAUCAUGAAUACUAUGUCUGAAGCAAGUGGCGCCUUUGCCAUCCGUCUGUUGAAGAUGCUCUGUCAGAGCAACCCUUCAGAAAAUGUAUGUUAUUCUCCUAUGAGCAUCUCCUCUGUUCUAGCUAUGGUCCUCUUGGGUGCCAAGGAACAGACUGCUGACCAGAUAUCUCAGGCACUUGGUCUGAACAAAGAGGAAGACAUCCAUCAGGGUUUCCAGUGGCUUCUCAGAAAGCUGAACAAGCCAGACAGAAAGUACUCCCUUAGAAUGGCCAACAGACUCUUUGCAGACAACACUAGUGAAGUCCUCCCAACUUUUAAGGAGUCCUGCCUUCAGUUCUAUCACUCAGAGAUGGAGCAACUCUCCUUUGCCAAAGCUGCAGAAGAGUCCAGGCAACACAUAAACUCGUGGGUCUCCAAACAGACCGAAGGCAAAAUUCCAGAGUUGUUGUCAGGUGGCUCAGUUGAUUCAGAGACCAGGCUGGUUCUCGUCAACGCCUUGUAUUUCAAAGGAAAGUGGCAUCAACCAUUUAACAAAGAAUACACCAUGGACAUGCCCUUUAAAAUAAACAAGGAUGAGAAAAAGCCAGUGCAGAUGAUGUGUCGUGAAGACACAUAUAACCUCGCCUAUGUGAAGGAGGUGCAGUCGCAAGUGCUGGUGAUACCAUAUGAAGGAAUGGAGUUGAGCCUGGUGGUCCUGCUCCCAGAUGAGGGUGUGGACCUCAGCAAGGUGGAAAACAGUCUCACUUUUGAGAAGUUAACAGCCUGGACCAAAGCAGACUUUAUGGAGAACACUGAUGUUGAGGUUUUCCUUCCAAAAUUUAAACUCCAAGAGGAUUAUGACAUGAAGUCUGUAUUUCAGCGCUUGGGAGUGGUGGAUGUCUUCCAAGAGGACAAGGCUGACCUGUCAGGAAUGUCUCCAGACAGAAAUCUGUGUGUGUCCAAGUUCGUUCACAAGAGUGUAGUGGAGAUCAAUGAGGAAGGCACGGAGGCUGCAGCAGCAUCCUCAGCUGUCAUAGAAUUUUGCUGUGCCUCCUCGGUCCCAACAUUCUGUGCCGACCACCCCUUCCUUUUCUUCAUCAGGCACAACAAAACCAACAGCAUCCUGUUCUGUGGCAGGUUCUCAUCUCCAUAAAGACACAUUUACUACAUGGGGAGAGUUCUCUCCUCAGCAUCUUUACCACUCCUACAGCUCUGUCAGGAUGGGCAAGUAGGGGGAAACUGUUCUAAGAUGAGGGCACUUUCUUCCUGUCAGCCUGAUCUUAUGAGGCCUGCAUUCAGCUCUCCUUGUCCUUGAAUGCAUCUGUGCCCUUUGCCACAUACCCUCUGCUACGCUACUGACUGAUACCCAUAACUUAUAGCCAAUAAUUUAUCGCCAGUUAGAACUGACUUCACUGUGCAAGAAUGCUAUAAAAGAACUGGAGAGGAGGCACAGAUGCCAAGAAAGGUUGCUGGUCUUGCAGAGGACACUGGGACAUUUCCCACCACCCACAUGGCUGCUUACAACCUCUGGAAAUUCCAGUUUCUAUCUAUGACUUGAUUCUUUUCUUUGGCAUCUACUGGCUGCAGCACCCUGAAUGUGCACGCAUCCUCACUCACGCAUGGAUAAGUAAAUUUUUAAAAAUAAAUAAAAAUUUAAAAAGAAUGUUAAAUUUCA